UUAACCCCUAGCUUCCUCCUCCUCCUUCUUCUCCUUCAAUUCUGUUUUCCAGAUUACACAUCCAUGGAGAUCGAGAAUGAAUCCCAGACCCAGAUACCCAAACCCGCAUUGAAGAGAAAGCAAAGAAAAACCCACAUGGACAGCAAUGCAGUGCAUGAAUCCCACACAGCAAAAGCAAGCAGCAACAGCAGAAGAGUCAAAGCAAGAAGACAGAGUGAGUGCAUGAAGACCAGCACUACUUCUCAAGAUGUAAAGAGUUGUGGCCUUGAGGAGGAAGCUGGUGCUGAUGAUAGGGAGGAGGUAGAGAGGAAGAUAGAGGCAUUGCAGAGGAUUGUGCCAGGAGGUGAGUCACUUGGUGUGGACAAGCUAUUUGAAGAGACUGCUGGGUACAUUAUGACCUUGCAGGUUCAGCUCAAAGCCAUGAAAGCCCUUGCAAGCUUUUUUGAGGGGUUGGAGAAGGAGAAGAAGAAGUUUGGAGCUUGACUGAUGAGGGGAAGGUGGGAGGUUCUUGAUUGGUUUCAAAAGAGACCAAAGAAUCAAUUUUCUUCUUCUUUCAGUUUUUAAUUUUUCUUUGUUGGGUAAGUAGUGGGGGUUAAAUGGUUCUUCUUCUCUUUCUCCUUCUCCUCUCAUAAUGUUAAUUUUUUUUUCUUCUUUUGAUAUUUGUAAUGAGCUAAUGAAUAGGAAAUUAAAGAUCAUGGUUCUCUAGCUAGUACUAAAGAUAUUAAAUUAUUAAUGUAAUCACUACCCUUUGAUUUUAUGGUGUAGGGAUUUAAGAC